CUUUUUUAACGGCUGCUUCUUCUUGCUGUUAGUAAUUUUUUUAUGUGGUUUUCUUUCUUUUGCAAGUUUGCCUAGAAAUUUUUUGCAACGCCACGCCAUGUCAGGACUUAAUUUAACCGUAAAAGUUCAUCCCGUUGUACUAUUCCAAGUAGUAGAUGCCUACGAAAGACGUAAUGCUGAUUCCCAUCGUGUUAUUGGCACUUUAUUGGGCUCCGUUGACAAGGGUGUUGUAGAGGUAACCAAUUGUUUUUGUGUACCCCAUAAGGAACAUGAUGAUCAAGUAGAAGCUGAAUUGAGUUAUGCCUUGGAUUUGUAUGAUUUAAAUCGUAAAGUCAAUCCCAAUGAGAAUGUUGUUGGUUGGUGGGCUACCGGUAAUGAAGUUACCAAUCACAGUUCGGUUAUCCAUGAAUACUAUGCCCGUGAAUGCAACAAUCCUGUGCAUUUGACUGUCGACACCUCAUUGCAGGGCGGCCGUAUGGGCCUAAAAGCCUACGUUUGCAUUCCCCUGGGUGUUCCUGGUGGCAAAACUGGUUGCAUGUUUACCCCCAUACCUGUAGAAAUGACUUGUUAUGAACCCGAAACUGUUGGUAUUAAACUUUUGCAAAAAACCAUUGGUGUUUCUGCUCCCGAACGUCCAAAAACCGUUUCACCCAUGUUGGAUUUGGCUCAAAUCAGUGAAGCUUCCACCAAAUUGCAAUCACUCUUGGAAUUAAUCUUGAAAUAUGUUGAAGAUGUCAUCGCUCACAAACAGGCUCCCGAUAAUGCUGUCGGCCGUCAACUUUUGGAUCUUAUCCACUCCGUGCCCCAUAUGUCACAUGAACAAUUCACUCAAAUGUUUAACGCCAACGUUCGUGAUUUGUUGAUGGUCAUCACUUUGUCGAACUUGAUUAAGACACAAUUACAAUUAAACGAGAAAUUAACUUAUUUGCCCACAAAUUAAGCGGUAUUGAGACGUAUAUAUUUGUUUUUUAUAGCUAUUUUUUCAUAAUUUAAUUGUAAAUUCCCCCCAAAAAAAAGAAAAUUUGAAGUUUAAGAUUGAAGGACGUGAAGACGUAAAUGAGGAGGAGUGGUUAGUUUAUUUGUAAACUUUUAUAAAUGUUUAAUUUUAAUAAAAAAAGGACAAGUUUUUUAUACUUGGAACCACUUCACCGAAAGAAAA